AAUACCGCGGCAAUUCGGAUCAGCCUCUCGCGAAGCGGCGGCUGUACUCGUUCGGAAGAUGAGUCGCGGAGGCAGCGGUGGAUCGGCGGCGGCCGGUGCGAAGAGUGGGAAGAAGAAAGGAUCCACCUUCGUCAUCGACUGCGGGAAGCCGGUGGAGGACAAGAUCAUGGACAUCGCCUCCCUGGAGAAGUUCCUUCAGGAACGCAUCAAGGUGAACGGAGGCAAGGCCGGCGCCCUUGGCGAAGCCGUCACCGUUACCCGUGAGAAGAGCAAGGUCACCGUCACCUCUGAAGGACCCUUCUCCAAGCGAUACUUGAAGUACCUAACAAAGAAGUACUUGAAGAAACACAAUGUGCGCGACUGGCUGCGAGUCAUUGCUUCGAACAAGGACCGCAAUGUUUACGAACUGCGGUACUUCAACAUUGCAGAGAACGAGGGGGAGGAGGAAGAUUGAUCUGCCAUGUUUCCUUUGUGCAAGUUGCAUUGUUUGGGUUUAUUUUUGAUAAUGUAGUAUGCUUCUUGUUUGCUACUGUUUGUUUGCAUGAAUGCUUAUUAUUUGCAGUUUGACUUCUUUAUGCGUGAACAUGUUUAGGUCAAAGAUAUUCUUCAAUGAUAUGAUUUUAUGGAGAUAAGUAUUGAAAUUUAUUUA